AUGCCUUCAUCAGAGAAAAUGUUUCAAGAACCCAAACAAGCUAUCAUCUUUAAAUCCACUAAAACCACCAUUCUAUUAUGGUACUGGCCAUUUGGGGUGAAAGAUAAUCUGGAGGGUGAUGUGUGCCGUGAGAGGUUUGGUAUACAAAACUGCAUGCUGGUGGACAAUCAGUCCCAGUUCUCUAAAGCAGAUUUUGUCGUUUUCCAUCACUUGGAAGUUGGGCAAUGGACAACAAAAGUUGCCCUUGAACCUUAUACCUUAUUAUGUACCAUGUCCUACCGUUGUGAUGCAGACAUUUAUGUACCAUAUGGGAGUUUGAUCAAAGAAAAGGAUUUGGGGACUGAAGUUAAGGAUUUAAUUCCAAAGGGCAAAACUCAUUUUGCAUGUUGGGUGGUAAGCAACUUUUUACCAAACCAUAAGAGAACUGCUGUGUACAAAAAACUGUCAAAUAUAAUACCAAUUGUGGUGUAUGGCAAAGCAGUAGGUAACCGUCUAGAUGAUCAGAGUCUAUUACCGACCAUCUCUCGCUGCUACUUUUAUCUGGCCUUUGAGAACUCCAUCUACAGAGAUUACAUCACAGAGAAGUUCUGGUACAAUGCGUUCAUGGGUGGAGCAGUGCCUGUAGUUUUAGGGCCUCCACGGGAACAGUAUGAGGCUGUGGCACCAAAAGACUUUAAUUCCGUAGAGCAGCUUGGAGAAUUUCUGAAGAAACUGAUUGAGGAUAGGGAACGCUAUGUAUCAUACUUCAACUGGAAACUGAAGUACACAGUGCUGACAAACUACUGGAUUAGAAGCCUCUGUGGUGGAGAUUUGAGGUGA